AAAAGCUUAUUAUAGGUUGAAGUCCAAAUAUACCCUCCCCAAUCAAACUUCCCUUUUAUUAUCACACACAAAAAUAUGUAAAUAGUUGACUUUCAAACUUUUUAAAACCAUUUGUUUUUGUUCUAAUAACAUCAUGGCCAAAACCAAAACCAAAACAACAAACAUAACAACACCCUCAAGAACAUCAUGAAUGCCACAGCCUCCGCCCCGGAUCCGAAUUCGUCCGAUGACGGGUUCUUGGGGUCACAAAACCUUGGUGGAUUCGCGUAUGGUAUUGGAGUCUCUGCAGGGAUAUUGUUAUUGAUAACAACGAUAACCCUAAUGUCCUAUUUUUGUACGAGGCAUCAAACAACGGUGGAGCCACCACAAAGGAGACAUAGGAAUAAUAAUAAUAAUAACAACAACGAGGUGGUUGUGGUCGUGGAUGUGGAUGUGGACGUAGGGGUUGAUGAGGAAACCCUAUCGAGUUUUCCAAAGUUGUUGUAUUCGGAUGCUUAUAAGAAUAUUCAAAAGGAUUCAACCGCGAGUUCUUGUUGUUCAAUAUGUUUAGGUGAUUACAAGAAUAGUGACAUGUUAAGACAAUUGCCUGAUUGUGGCCACUUGUUUCAUUUGAAAUGUGUUGAUCCAUGGUUAAGGUUACAUCCAACUUGUCCUAUUUGUAGAACUUCUCCAUUGCCAUCACCACUAUCUACUCCUCUAGUUGAAGUUGUUCCUUUGGCAACUAGGCCUAUUGGAUAAAUUGCUAUUCUUAGGGUUUACAAUCCGCUUCUGGGCUCGAUUAAUCUGGAUUUGAGGUAAAAAUACGCUUACUAACCACUUUUUGACCUUGUUUUCGAAAAAUAGUCAAUGUCAUGGGGUUUCAAGUUCACAUGUGAAACUUUAGGAAAAUUUGACUAUUUCAAGGUCAUGUAUUCACUUUUGGGCUCGAUUAGUCUGGAUUUGAGGUGAAAUAGCAUUUGUCUGUCGCUAUUCGGCCUUGCUUUUGAAAAAUAGUUAGUGUCACGUGGUUUCAAGUUCACGAGUGAAACUUUAGGACAUUAUUAUCGAGUUUCACUUGUAGAAUUUGAAAUUUUAUAACAAUGACUAUUUUUUAAUUACAAGGACUGAAAAGUAGCUAUGUUGUGGAUUUUAUCCGGAUUCGAGCUGAAAAGUCCUGAGGAUAAAAGUGUUCUCUAUCAAAAGCGAUUACCAUUCUUAAGACUCGAACGCGAAACUUUUGAUUUUUUUGCUU